AUGGGUACCAGCGUUGUCUCCUACUAUAGGACUAAAUCUGACACAGGUGAGGCCACCCAGAAAAAGGUUUGUAAGUACCAUGAUGUAAUCGAAUACCUGAAUAUCUCCGAUAACCGGGAGCUCUUCUUAUACACCAUACCCAAGAAGAAUUGGGAAGAGCACUUGGUAGUUGGACUAGACUUCACACUGGCAUCCAUCCUUUCAGUGGUCUGGACAAAUGAGUUUGUGUCCUGGAAUCCCAUGGAUUUCUGUAACAUUUCUAAACUCACUGUUCCCAUGAACCUUUUUUGGAGCCCUGAAAUCUACAUAGACGAACGGGCAGAUGACGACAAGUUCACACCCAGCCCUUUCGUUUUAUUAUCAUCCAGUGGUUCCAUUUUCAUGUUUCAAGCAUAUCGACUUACCUCAUCCUGCAGCCUGGAUAUCCAAGCAUUUCCUUUCGACAACCAAAAAUGCAACUUAACUUUAAUGUCUUCAAUACAUUCAGAUAAGGAAAUCAUAAUGAAGAGCAUUAAAACUUCCAAGAAGGCAAACCAAGAUACUCUCACUUUUUACUUGACCUAUGGGGAAUGGAAGUUUGAGGAAGUGAGGAUCAUAGAGCACAUGAUAUAUUACGAAGGAGUGAACUUCAGCGCAGUCACUUACGAGAUUGCUAUGAAGAGGCGAUCCGUUCUGUAUGUGAUAGUUCUGAUACUGCCAACUGCUAUUCUCUUCUUGCUGGAUAUGGCUAUUUCUUAUGCAUUUGCCGCUCCUGGGGAAAAGAUUGCCUUCAAAAUAACACUGAUCCUGCAAGUCUCAUUUUUAUCUAUGAUUCUGGUUGAUAAAUUGCCAUCUACAUCAGAUGAUCCACCAGUAAUAGCAAUAUUUUUCACUGGCAUGUUCAUGUUUUUGGUCCUUGGCAUCUUGGAGAAUGCCUUCGUACUGUAUCUCAAGGAAACGAAACCAAAGUUCCUAUCCUUCAAGGGAAAGAAAUUUAUGAGUAGAUUCCUGAGAAAGAAGAAGGAAAAGGAUGGUUCGGAGGACCCUGUGACUGAUUUAGCAACAGAGAUGGCCAAGGACAACAAGUUACCCUCACCGGAAAAGGACAGUGCGGACAACUUGGUGUUUCUGCAACAUCUGAAUGUGGAACUGCAACAGAUCAAGAAACAUCUGGCGCUAGAAGACUGCCAAGAUGCCCCCAGUUCUGUCAAGAAGGACAAAACGUUUCUCUGGGUGGAGAAGUGGCUUUAUUUUACCCGCCUGCUUUUAUCACUUGCCUUUUUAGCCUAUGUUAUUAUACAGUGGGCACGCUAA